CUGCUCCUGAGCUGGAUACAUGUGGAUCAAGCAGUGGCUGAACCCCAGUACCUGGUGGCCAUUCCUGCAGUUAUUGACGCUGGAGCUGAGGCCAAAUUCUGUGCAACUCUCCGACAGCCCAGUGGGACUCUGGUCAUGACUGUCACUUUGAUGUCCCGAGAGAAGAACACGACCUUAUUCACACAUACAUCAAAUGGAGCAUUUCAAACCUGUGUUCAGUUUAAGGCUCCUUUGGUACAAAAGGAGGUGCAAGAUUUUCAGGUGGAGGUACGAGGAGACACAUUUUACUCCAAACAAGUCAGAAAAGUGAUGAUCCGAGCGUCUGAUACCUUCACAUUGAUCCAAACAGAUAAACCCAUCUACCUCCCUGGACAAAAAGUGAAUUUCAGAGUCGUUGCCAUGGAUAAUAAGAUGCGACCAGCCAAUCAGCUGUAUGAUGUCAUUGAACUUCAGGAUCCUAAUAGUAACAGGAUUGGACAGUGGCUAAAUGAAACAUCCAAUAGCAGAAUACUGCAGCUUUCUUACUCCUUGGACACUGAGGCCCGUGAGGGACCGUACCAGAUCAUUGUGUCAAUGGGUGAGAGGAAUAUAUCUCACAAUUUCAAAGUGGAGAAAUAUGUUUUACCCAAAUAUGAUGUGACACUAAAUAUAUCUGAAGAAGUGCUUAUUGGGCAGGAAGACGUUGAAGCUAAAGUGUGUGCAAAGUACACGUACGGACAGCCUGUACCAGGACGUGUUACAGUUAAUGUGUGCCGACCUAUUAAUAGGUAUAGCAGUUUUAGUAUAUCGCUGUACGAUUACGAUCUUAUGGCCCUAUGGCAGAUGGGUGGCUCCUGCCACACAGAGACAAAGCAGGCAGACAAGACUGGCUGUGCAACUUUUUCCUUCAACAUGUCAAUUUUUACUAAAAUGGACGAAAAGCUUCAAGAUGUUCUGGAUAUCAGGGCCAAAGUGGAAGAAGAGGGAACAGGUGUUUCACUCCCUCAAGAGAAGAGAGUCACGAUUUCUUACGUCCUUGGAAAAGUGUCUUUUAUUAACGUGCCCAAGAUUUGGGAACGGGGAUCUAAUGUGGAAGGAAAAGUCAGAGCAGUGUACCACAAUAAUACACCAGUUUGUGACGCACCGGUUUACCUGUUCACGGGACAACUGUGGCAAACACGCUCACUACAAAAUCUAACAACUGACAGCAACGGUGUGGCCUCAUUUUCUUUCAGCACUGAUAACUUUGAUGGGGAUAUCCAACUCCAUGCAAGCCUGACACCAACACUGGGCUACCCAGGAUAUAGAACUGCACACUAUGACAGGGGAUUUCACACAUUAUCCAUGUUCCAGCCGUCUUCUCCUGAAAUUAAAACAAUCAGCUCUCUAGAGGUACAGAAGAAGGAUAAACCAGUGCCCUGUGACGCAGAAGAAGACAUAUCAGUCAACUACACUAUAGUGGGAGAGUCUCCGGGGUCUCUCGAUGUCAUUUAUCUGGUGUUGUCCAGAGGAGCUGUCAUCAUGCAAGGACAAAAACAGGUUCAAGUGCAAGAUAGAUCGGUGACUGAGGGCCAGGUGAACUUUCAGUUUAGAGUGUCUCCUGAGAUGGCUCCAGAGUUCCAGCUUGUGGCUUAUGCUGUCCUGCCAAGUGAGGAUGUAAUUGCCCACAGUGCCAACUUCUCUACUGACAAAUGCUUCAGCAACAAGGUGUCAGUGGAGUUUUCACCAUCUUCAGCCGUCCCAGGUGAAGAGACCAACAUGCAGGUGACGGCCCUGCCACGUUCUCUGUGUGGUGUGAGCGCCAUCGACAAGAGCGUUCUCAUCAAGGAGCCUGGGAAGACUCUGGAUGCAGAUAAGAUAUUUGACUUGCUCCCACUCAAGAAAUCCUCAGGUAUCCCAUAUGAGGUUCAAGAUGCUACAGAAUGCCUAAAUGUGAGACCAAAAAGAUAUGUUUUGCCGUACCCCAGUCAAGAGCAAAAUGACGCCUAUGCAGUUUUCCAGAAAGUCGGACUGAAGAUGGCGACAAACUUGAUUUUUCGAUUGCCUUCAUGCCUCAAGUUCAAAGGAAAAUUUUACCAUGAUGGCCCUCAUGACGUCUCCGGUGAAUCAUUCGCUUGUUUGUGUUGUGUCUGGCUAUAAAUUUUGCUUUUUAUU